GGUAACAGGUAUGGAAGAUAGUUUUAAGAAUCUAAUGCUUUAUUGUUUUUUGAGCCAUUUUUAGCAGUGUACUAAAUGGUGAAAUGCGGAUAGUUACUGUGCAAUGCCUCCUAUACAUCACACCUAUUCUGCGUUAUUUUGUUUUUAAUUUGGGGGAUAGAAAGGAUUUGUUCUCUAGAAUCAUGUGUACUAUACAAUGUAAUUAUGGGGUUUUUUGUAUGCAAGCUUUUCUUGCAUGUCCAAUGAAAUGCAGUGAGCUUCAUGUCUCAUUCAUUUUUAUGAGCACUUAAUUUCGGUGGUAUUUCUCUUCUUUGAUGUAUUAACAAGGGUGGUGGGAGUAUAGGAAUGAAUACUGAAAGUGCAUUUUAGAUGUUUGCCCUAAAGAUAAAGGGCAUAUAAGAGAAGAUAACAGUCGGAUGUCAGAUAACAUGUUGCGCUCUUUUACUUCGCAUCUCUUAUUUUUUUCUCUCUCAAAUGUAUGAGUGCAUGAAUAUUAGCAUCAUUUGCACUCCGCAUCGGCUCGACUGAACCCGAUACCUUUGACUGAAAUGCUGUGUUGUUAAAAAUAGGAAAGGGCCAAGGGUCAGCCCUCUCACUUGGCUGCCCCGCUUUUACACCACUUGAUGGAAUCAGGCUGUUAACAAACACGCCACGGACAUCAACAGCGGCCCCACCAGACUCGCAGCCUCCUGGCAACACUUGGCUAAAGCGCAUCUCCCUGCGGCUGCUCUCUUGAGCUGCAGCCUAAUGAACUCUGGGCCCCCCCAUCCCACGACUGCAGUACAUCAGCUCAUGUUCAAGAGCAUGCAUAGGCAGACUUACAAGUGCAGAGCACCCUGUGGCUCCUAAUGGGCCAAUAUAGAAUAAAGGGUGCGCUAAACACUGCACUUUGCAGCCCACAGUAAUAGCAGUGCGAGGUAAGGCCAAGAGCUUGCUCUGCACCACUUGCAGAUAUAUUCAGGCGAGAUGUGAGGUUUGACUCGUUAGUGCAUGUGGGAAGACAGCGCGAUGCCUCCAGGCUCUGAGCAUGUCACACACGCUCGCCUGGCUCUGCCUGAUUGGGCAAACAGAGGCCGGGUGAGAGGAUGGGUCUGCCGCCGAAUUCUGUUGUUGCCGCCAACUGGCGCGGCCACUAUCCUCCUGGGCAGGUGGGUCCUAAAGACAAGCGCUUGGUGAUGGCAGCACAGGCCUGUGUGCGGCUACAAUGAGAUUUAUGAUCCCAACAGUGCUGAGGAGGACAGGUUCUUGGGGACACGUCGUCAGGCGGGAUGAGAGCUGAAUUUAUUCGGUGUUACUGUAAACCGAGGCAGCGGAGCGUGCGGCGGCAACAUUUCUACAGCGGGACGGUGAAGGUGUCACACCCAUCAAGUAGGUUACCUGGGUCCGCUUGCAUGCCGCCUCCCUGCGCCUUUUGCCUUGGGACUUAUCUGUCACUUUCAAGUAGAUGCAUUGCCACUCAGAGCUUUGGCAGUCCUGCAGCCCUGACCAUGAAAUAGGCCAACUUGAAUGUCUGCCUCAUUCCUUCACGUCUUUACAAUCUGUUAAUGGCAGGCUUUGGAAUGUUGUUCUUCAUCCUGUUUUAGCCAAGAAGUUGAUGACACAAACAACACAGCAAACUCCUGCUGCCUGGUCCAAAUCCAUCUCAUUUCAGCUUGAGGGUCUUUUUUUCCUCCAAACAUCUUCAAUGAUCACAUCGAUGGCGGAAGAACAUUCCAUCCAAGGAAACUGGAAGCUAUUGUUUUGACUGGUGGUUGCACAAUCAAUCCCAUAAAGCUUUCUGCAAAUACCAAGGAAGGAGUCAUUACAUUAGGGUGAAAAUCUGCAUAGAGAUUGACAUCUGGAAUUCACUUUCACCAUUUUGACUUCAAGGGAGAUUUUCCCACUGCUGGUACUCUGCUGUCCUCGCAUCUCAUUCAGGUGAUUUCCAAACAGGGAUACGCAAAUUGCAUUUUACAUUUUUACACUGCAACGUAAAUGGACAAUCUGAGGUGACUUCUCACAUUGCCAUACAUGUUGUAAAGACUGCCCUCUUGUCAUGGCAGAGUAGCUUACAUACUGAUUUAAAAGUUAUUAAUCUAUUUAUUUUUUUUAUUUUUUUAAUGAAAGUGGUUAGAUCCCUGCAUAUUCCCAAUUCAGCAUGCACAGCCCUGCAAAUUGCCAGAUUCUUGAUCAAACAAUAUUUUUCCAUCAUUAAUCUAGGUUUUGUUGUACCCUUAUUUUUUUCAAUUUACCCUAAGUAAUGAUUUAUAAAUAUGUGAUAAUAGGUCAAAUACACAGCAUACACUACCACUGUUACAUGUCAUGUUAUGUCUUUAUGCUUCACUGAUGUUUUUUUACCAAGCGUUCAGAUUAUGCACUUUGUUCAGCGAUCCUUGAAUGCACCGUAGUUUCUAUGAGAGGCAAAAGUGAAACGUGUAUAUACAGUAACUUCUACACAAUGACUCCAAUUCCCUAUGUUCAUUGAUCGUUUUACAUUAUCACUCAUUAGUGGUGAGUACCUAUACAUUUGAUCAUUAAAAUGUGUUUAAUAAGUGUGUGAGGCAUAUUGAAGAGAGACAAGGGAGGCUUCUGGAGCUGAAUCUAAUCUAAUAAUCGCAAGGGUCACUCUUCUGCAGCUGUUGCUCCAAAAUUGGAGGAGAACAUCGCUCUCAAGCUAGCAGGAGACUUUGGAGGAAUAAAGUAACGUUUUUAUGGGCGUCUGUACCAAUUGCGGAUUUUUGCCAUUUGAUGGUGUUCCUGUAGCCUAACCCCCACAAAAAUUAUUCUACUCAAACCAGUUACUGUACUUCACAACCUAAGGAUAAAAAUAAAUAUUUCAACUUGAUUUUGUUGACUAUGGCAGUGUUAUGCAAGUACAGUGGUACCUCAGUGUUCGUUAUUAAUUCGUUCCAAAUGGAAAACCAAAACGUACAGAAACUGAGGCAGUUUUUCCUGUAGGAAAUCAUGAAAAUCCAAUUAAUCUGCUCCAGACACCGCAAAAUAUGAACAAAAACUACAUGUUCCUUAUAAAGAAUAAUUAUAGCUUUACAUGUGGAAAACAAUGCAUCAAAUGGUUGGAUCUUGUUGUUGAUGCCCACUUCACUAGAGUAAAAUUACAUUUUAGGCAAACUCUCAUAGUUAUAGCAGUAUUCCCUUUUUUGCUUUCGAAAUUCCAGCAGCCAGACAGACAAGUGGUGUUUCUUUCAGGCGUUUUGGACUGAACAUCACUGACCUUCAGCUGAAGCAUAUGCUGCACCAGAGCAGUGUGGCAGCAAUAAACCUUGUGCCUUUCCACAGGACGAUGGCACUAGCCGCAGAGAAAAAGAGAGCUGUCCAGUUCGGAACUGUGACCAGACUCAACCAGUUGACAGGCCGAGCAGCUCCCUCCUGCCUCAGCUGUCCCCGCACCCCUCACUCUAUCUCAAACAGGCACGACAGCCCUGCGGCCAGUGCCUUCCACCACUGUCACUAACAGCGUCUCCGUCACUUUUGGCCAGAAUGGCCACAUACUGACACACGCUUGGCAGGGGGGAAAAAACUUGAGUGGCAGUCUUGUGAUGGCUAAAAGGAACAUCAAUCCCAGCACUGCCAUGUAUGUUUGAGUGUGUGCACGCGUGGAAGAGUGCACGCGUGUCUUGAUAUUCAAGCAGCAUUUGAGCAGCCCUUACAUCAACGUGUGGUCUUUCUACACAGACAAUGUCAGGUCGCCUCAGGGCAGCAGCCUGCGCAGUGGUCAUAUGGACAACCAGAUCCCUGUGGUCGAAUUAGUGAUAAAAACACACACAUGGCCGCUGCGUGACAGUCAGGGUGCCAGAUUCCUUCGGACAGACAUGGCUGCAAAUAGCACAGAGGGGCACUUUCAACCCCUGGACUGCAACUGGUGCAUGGUCUCAUGCCAGGCUAUGCCAUCGCCGCCAGAUGAGCCCUGAUAAAAGGAUAGUUCGAGGGGGUCACUGGCACCUAAAUGUGGCAUCGUUUUGGCAGGUUUAUUUCAACUGUGCAUCACACAUGGGCAGACGGUAGCUCAGUCUGCAAGAACUUGGAGACCAAGGCGUCGUAGAAUGAACACCCACUGAGAAUGACCCUGAUCCGGAAGACCAAAGGAUGUGGAGAGUUACCUGUUUGUUUCCUAAGCACUACUCGGUGCCCUUGAGAAAUCAUUGAUCCCAGCAGCUCAGUCGCUCCUGAAUGCUUUCCGCUCUCGAUAUCCCGUGUCCACUGGAGCCUUUUUACAUGUGUGUGUAUCUCAACCUGUGUGCAUGUGCUGCAAGAUGGCGUGGCACCCGAGUAACCUUUUUAAUACCGUAUCUUAGUACCUCCGUUUUUAUGAAUUCGUUCCAAAGGUUCGAAAAUCACAUCAAUUUUUCUCAUAAGAAAUAACGUAAAUCUAAUGAAUCUGUUCCAGACACCCAAAAAUAUUAACCCAAAAGACAUUUUCUAGAGAAUAACUCAAAAUGCAAAUAAAUGACAAAUUAAAUGGAUACAUGAACGUCACUUUUACCUUAAUUGAAGACUCUUUUUGGCAAAGACUGCGAUGAGCGCAAUGUACGAUAACUGUUGAGUGUGCGAAAACCGAAACAAAUUGUUGGCAUUCAUUUUUGUCCAAAAUUUGGCCGUACAAAUACAGAGGUACCAUUUUACAAUUUGCAUUUCCCUCACUGCAAAAGUGUGAUUCUUUCUUCACUACAAUGGAUGGUUAAACCAGAAGGCAUCACCUAAACUAGUGUGUCUACCCUGAAAAGCUUUGCUUUAUUACAUCGCAGUAAAGAACAUCCAUCUAUCAUGUUAUCAUGUCCUUUCUAGUGUGGCCAGAUAUGGACUAAUACGUGCACCAGUCCCCUGGAGGAUACCCUAUCCCCAGAGGACGUGAAGGCAGUGUGUCGAGGUGUCGUUGGGCUGUUGGAGCUGUUCUGGGUGCAGCGAGGGAGUGUGUGGGGCGUGCAGGCAGCAGUUGGUGUGCAGAGACCAGAGGCUCAGGCUAGCUAGUUAAGAGCUUCUCUUUCCCAUCCUCCAUCUGCCAGGGACUGGGGUUGUGAUUUGAGCUCCAGCAGAGCAGAGCAGGAAGGAGAUCGAAGGAGGGGUGGUGUGUCGGCAAAGGGGGGUAGUGUGAAGAAACAGAAGAGAGGGAAAGUGAAAGAGAGAAGGAAAUGAUGAAAAGAAAGGCAUGCUUAAAAAGUUUAGAGCAGGGUUCGUAGACACCCAAGGGCUCCAUAAUGUAGAUAGGAUGGGGGAAAAUAACAUGUACUAUUUAUUGCUGUGAUAACUGGAAAUAGCAGUGUAUGUGUGCAUAGGCAACCCAUUUCCAAUGAAAUUAUAUUACAUGCAAAAUUUAUUCUCCAAUUGGUUUUACCACAUUUUCAAAGAAAAUAACUACUCAUCUGUCAUUUGUCCAUUUGAAAUAUUUUGUCAGAAAAUAGCUAAAUGUAACUACAAUUUUUUGAUAGUAAAUUGUCCCUUAGCCCAAUAAUUAUGGAGUUAUGUCUGCUUUGUUUGUAAAUAUUUCCAGGAUGUCUCAGCCACCUCCUCCUCACACACCCACUUAGGCUCAUGUGACUGGGAUGCAGCUUUUACAGCACUUCACUCCUCCCUCUGAUCCUCCUCCUUUCCCCGCUCCUCUCCGGCAUCCUGUCAGCAUUUCGCCUGUUGGUUCCUGGCUAUACCACAGCAGAUCCUGGGAGAAGCUUCCUGCCUCCUCCUCGGCCGUGCUUUGGGAGCUUCCGGUGCAAGUCUUCAGUGUCACUUGAGGUGGCCCAGAAAUGAUAACUAGUAUGCCCUACAGCAGAGAAGCAGGCAAGUGUCCUGCUUGGUGCUGGGUCUGAGGUAGUCCGGCUGGAGCAACCCUGCCUCACAGAUGCCCACUAUGUGGUGGUAUCAUGCUCAGGAACCACUGUGUGCCCCAUGCACACUGAAAUGGAUCUCAGUGGCCUUGCAUUAUUGAUGAGUUACAUUGUGACGUCAAACCAGGCAGAAGGAGCAAAACGACUGUAUAGCAGUAUGGAGCAGGCUCAUUUAUGCAAGCAGCACAGAGGUGUAAUUAAUUGUCACCCUUUGCUCUCAGCCGCAGCGUUCACCCAGACAAUAUUCCAUUCGCUCCUUGUCAAGUGAAAUCACUCCACCCACACCUCGGUGUGUCGUCCUCCAAGUGUGAUCCUACCUCCUGGAUGGCUCCCUGUGUCAUGUUAACAGUUCAAUUCAAGUGCAGGCGCCAUGCACUUAAAGGUCUGUGCUAUUUUAUGACCAAUUUUUUUUUAAUGAUAUCCAGCCUUUGGGGAUAUGAAUAUUCAUAAUCAAACACAUAAGGAAAGAGACAUUACAUUAAUGAUUUUGUAGGUGUAGAAAAUAUUGUCUCAUUAGAGGUCGGGUACAAUCAAACCACUUCAAAACAAUAUUUAAUAUUCAGGACAGCAAAGGCUUGACAUUAUUAAACAGCGUUGAAUGUUUUACCUUUUUUUCUCUUUUAUUCAUUAGAUGUUGCAGUAUGAGGCCAAAUGUGUUUAGAAUGGCAAAUACAGUCAAUUAUGGAAGUGGAUAUAUAUAUAUAAGUACGUGCUGUAUUUCUACAUUUUUUGCACAUUUUUAAUAUCGCCCAUUAAAAGGUAAGUGGCUAUUUUCUACAAUCAGCAGAGUUGAUUUUUUUUUUUUUUGAAUGUGUUGUUGUCUUAAUAAAUAACAUAUAUUAGCCGGUUGUUUACUCAAGUAUAAAAUUGAAUUUCUUAUGCAAUUAAAAAAAAAUUUAAAAGCCUCCUAAAUGAUGCCAUAAUUUGUGAUGAUUAUGAUUAAAAAGUAGGCCUAUAUAAGGCUUAAAUUUGACCGUGGGAAAUUGACUUGAUUUGAUAUGUCACAUCUUUAUCCAAAGACUGUGAGGGACAUUAAUCUAAUAUUCCAGUAUGCAUGGUAGUUUGCCAUAAGGCUGUAACCGAUAUAGGAUUGUUAUUUAUCCCUUUUUAAUUUCUCACCCAUCAGAUGCUCCGAACAUGCAAAGGAGGCCAUUGGCUUGCAGUAUUCAGUGUAAUUGUGUGUGCUGUGUUGUGUCUUGUGCAUGCCGGAGGAAUAUUUAAAUGACUUGUGUUUUAAUUGAGGCUGGAAGUGGAGCUGCAGCUUACAAACGUGGAACAGCCCCCAUCUACCGGCAGGCAGUCAGGCAGCCUUUUUCUCUCUCUCUCUCUCUCCAUCUCUCUGGUCUUUCUCUCCUCUCUGCCUCCUCUUGGCGCACUGCGUACAGUCCGGAGCGCCUCCUCCGCCUGCUCACCGUACGGGCAUCGAACCAGCACCGCCGCAGACUGAGUCUCUGCAGGGCUUGCUUUCGCCUCCCCCGCGGCCCAUUUGGAUGCGCUGAGCCGGGCCAGCACCAUACGGUCCACACACACGGUGUAUGGAAGUGGUGGACUGCAAGGCAGAGGCAGCCAGUUGCAAGUUGCGUCCAGGACCGGGAGCCAUGCUUUUCCACGGGAUCUCCGGGGAUCACAUCCAAGGGAUCAUGGAGGAGAUGGAGAGAAGGUCCAAGUCGGAGUCUCGCUUGGCGAAGAGCAUGCAGCUCAACGGGAGAGAGACGACCAUGCCCUCCAUGAGCCCGGAGAAGCCCGCCCUGUGCGCCGGCUGUGGAGGCAAGAUCUCGGACAGAUACUACCUCCUGGCCGUGGACAAGCAGUGGCACCUGCGCUGUCUCAAAUGCUGUGAAUGUAAACUAGCGCUGGAAUCGGAGCUUACGUGUUUUGCAAAGGAUGGGAGCAUCUACUGCAAGGAGGAUUAUUACAGAAGGUUCUCCGUGCAGAGGUGCGCGCGCUGCCACCUGGGGAUUUCCGCCUCGGAGAUGGUGAUGCGCGCCAGAGACUCUGUGUACCACCUGAGCUGCUUCACUUGCACUACGUGCAACAAGACCCUCACCACGGGAGACCACUUCGGCAUGAAGGACAGCCUCGUCUACUGCCGCCUCCACUUCGAGAGCUUGGUGCAGGGAGCCGACUACCACCCCCAACUCAACUUCGCCGAGCUGGCGGCCAAAGGCGGCGGGCUCGGCCUGCCCUACUUCAACGGCACCGGCACGGCACAGAAGGGCCGACCGCGCAAGAGGAAGAGCCCCGCCAUGGGCUUGGAUUUACCCAGCUACAACACAGGCUGCAACGAGAACGACGCUGACCAUUUGGACCGGGACCAGCAGGCUUACCCGCCGACACAGAAGACCAAGCGCAUGCGGACCUCCUUCAAGCACCACCAGCUGCGGACAAUGAAAUCCUACUUUGCCAUCAACCACAACCCGGACGCUAAGGACCUAAAGCAGCUGGCCCAGAAGACGGGCCUGACUAAAAGAGUUCUGCAGGGAGAACAAAUCUUGGGGCAUUACAGCCAUACAUCCCGACGUUUGAAAAUUCCCUAAAGUAUUAAGAGAAGGGGAAAACUUUGAUGGGAAUUCCUCACCAUUGAAGACAAAGACAAUAUUAGGAUAAAGAUGAUAGCGGAUCAGAUUUUAGCACAAAUUUGAGCACAGCAAAAUGUCUUGUUGAAUGCAUCAAGCAAGGAGCCCUCACGAUGUACAGCAUCAGUCAUACCUGUGUGUUUGUAUUGGAGUAGAACAAUGACAAUAAAAUGGAUUGUAAAAUAGUAAACACAGCAAUUUGCAUAACAGAGACGGUAUGGAUGUUACACACACGCACACACACACACACACACACACACACACACACACACACCAACCUCUCUCCCACUGACUUGCUCCUAUAUGUAAGCACAGCACAGCCUAUACAUCCCUGCACUCUUUGUUCUGGUUGCCCCUGUGCACCGUCUUGCUAUAUACAAACUUUCCUUUGUCCUUUUUGCAAACACACGGCCUCCUUGAAAGUGGGCAGCAGGAUGCCCAUCAAACAGGACCGCGGAGCUGGAUGGAGCUUUGCCAUCUGCCCCGAGCCGAGGGACGCCAAGCUGGGAAGGAAACAAAGCAGACGUAAAGAAGAGGUUCUCGUUUUUGCAUGCGCCUCGUCGUCUUCUUCACGUUAUCCUUGAGGUGUAUUUUACUUCCUUUCAUUCGCUGUGUGAUUUAUUGCAAAAUAAAGCCUAUGAAAUCAUGUCCCUGGCGCUCAUGUAGUACAAACACACACACACACACACACACACACACACACACACGGUGGGGAAGAGCAGCCGCUGUGAGGAUUUGUUCUUGACAUUCGGCGUCCUGCAGAAGGUGGAAACAGUGACAUGACCGCUUUGUGAGCUUAUUGCUGUUGGUGACACCAGAAGCUCUGGAGCGUGACAUAACAUACACCUACACUCUACAGCGGCUCCCCGCUCGUUUUUGCUGAUUUUGGUCCAAAAAGUAUUUUAUUUUUGUAGGUUUUUUCCCCCGGAAAACACAUUUCAUUGACCUUAAGUUGGUAAUGGUUCAUAAAUGCAUACUACAGUGCCAGCCCCUUAUUCUUACAUGUUUAUGUCUUUUGUGCUCCACUGAUGUUUUUUCGGCAAGUGUUGAGAUUUCGGUCUUUAUUCGGCGAUCCUUGAACGCACCGUAGUCGCGCUGCUAAGCGGAAGUGACACUUACAUGCAGCGAAGAAAGAUUCCUUCUUUGUAAAUGGAAUAUUUUCAUAGUUAGGAGCAUGGAAAGCUGGUUACAAUGUUCUAAACACGGCUUGUAACAUUAUUAGAGCCCUCUGGACAUGAAACAACACCCCUACAGUCACCUUUACAGGAUGUAGUCGACAUAACAGAAAAUAAGACAACAUAAACAUCAAUAACAUAGACUCACAUUAGCAUUGGGAGACUUCCUUGUUGUUUGACAAUGUAGAAUUUCAUAUCACAUCUUUGUAUGCGUCUUCUGAACGCCUUAUAUUUGUAUUUUCCUUCAUUUAGCCAUUUUUAUGCUUGAAAAUGCUUAACUUAGGCCAAGAAUACGUACAAUUUGCUUCAACAUGCGUAUUUUUGGACUAGUAGUCGACCACAAAACAGCGAUAAUUUAUUCAGUUAUUUAUUUCGAAAAACCGUGAUCGAGCGAAGCGGCGAAAUUAAAACCACGCAGUGUCGAGGGACGACUAUUAUUUUUGUCAGAUGCCUGUGCUUAAUACAGCCAUCUGUUCAUCGGUCAUUAGUGGCGAGUUCCUAUCAUUUUAUACUUAAAAAUGUGCUUAAUAAGAGUACGAUAGGGCUAAAACGUGGAUUGUGUUGCGAGUGAGCAAAAAUAGACAUUUUUAUGGGCGUAUCAAUUACACGCAGAUUUUUGCCAACUGCGGGUGCAACCGAGCAGGGAUCUACUUGCAUACGUACUGCAUAUAAAGAAUAAAUGUGACUUAGAUGUCAAGUGUUUAGUGAACGAGUGUCCGAAG